AUGUUAAAGUCCCAGGAGCUAUGGGAUUUGGUAGAGAGAGGUUAUGUUGAGCCAAAUCCGGUACCGGCUCAACCUAGCGAUCAACUAUGGGAGACUCGCGAAAAAGAUGCAAAGGCACUAUUUCUCAUCCAAUCGGCAUUGGAUAAUGAAAUUUCCCCCCGAAUUGCAACUGCAACAACCUCCAACCAAGCAUGGGAAACUCUAAAGCAAGAGUAUUUGGGCGACAAGAAGGUAAUUACUGUGAAACUACAAACACUUCGUCUUGAGUUUAAAAUUUUGGCCAUGAAAGAUAAAGAAUCUAUGCAGGAAUAUAUGUCUAGGGUGUCUGGGGUUGUUAAUCACAUGAAAACAUAUGGUGAAAAUGUUAAUAAUGAAACUGUCAUGAGUAAAGUGUUGAGAAGUCUAACAAAAAUCUUUGACCAUGUUGUUGCUGCAAUAGAAGAAUCUAAGGACCUUUCUACUUAUACUUUUGAUAAAUUAAUGAGUUCAUUGUUAGCCCAUGAAGUUUGGAUUAGUAGGUCCUAUGAAAAGGUGGAGGAGAAAACUUUUCAGGCAAAGAGGGAGUCUUUUCACAAAGGAAAAUCAGAAUAUUCAGGUGGCCGAGGCAGAGGAAACAACAUUAUGUACAAAUAUUGCAAGAAGUUGGGCCACAUAGAAGUUGAUUGCUGGACCAAGCAGAGGGACGACCAAAAGCAAGCAAAUUUCACAGAGGAAGUUGAAGAAGGAAGUAAGUUAUUCAUGACUCAAUAUUCUACUGAUGAUGGUCCUGAUGGAGUGUGGUUCAUGGACAGUGGGUGA